CAAAAUCUCAAACACUAUCAAUAUAAGUCAAGACAUGAAGUUCAUUACAUUAGUCUUCAUCGCCUUUGCUCUGUCGUCUCUUGCUCUAACCAAAACAAUGGUUUCAGCAGAAAUAGUGAAAGCAACAUGUGCUGUGGAAGAUCUUCAAGUAUGCAAAUCAGCAGUGACUACUGAAAGCCCACCAUCGAUGGAAUGUUGUGCAAAGCUGAAAGAAGAACAGUCAUGUAUAUGUGAUUACUUGAAAGAUCCAUCAGUUAGUCAGUAUAUUACAGCUGCUAAAAGAGUUUUAGCAGCUUGUGAUAUACCUUUGCCUAGUUGUUGAACUUUAAAAUAUUGAUCACAUAAUCUAUGAUUAUAUAUGAUAUUGGAAGUUUAUUAUGUCAAGGUUAUUGACUUGAUUAAAUAAAAUGUUAGUUU